AUGGGCAAGAAGAGCAAAAAAUCCGCAGAACACAAGGACCGAGUGGCCGCUAAACAAACCAAGAAAGCAGCUCAAAAAGAAAAGAAAUCCAAGACCAAGGGACGAGACGCAGACAGCGAUGCAGAGGAUGUCGACUUGGAUGUUAUCCUAGCACAGUAUGCGGAAGAGCAGGCCAAGUUCCUCAAGGUCACGGAGGUUGUAUCAGGACCUCCUUCUCCUCGAACCUCAGCGACGGUAUUGGCGUCGCCAUCGAAUAGGAAUGAGCUGUUGGUUUUCGGAGGAGAGUAUUUCGAUGGAACUCUUGCUACGUUUUUCAAUAAUCUGUUCGUCUAUCUGAUUGAUCGGGGCGAAUGGAGAGAGGUGACUAGUCCGAAUAGCCCACUGCCGAGAAGUGGACAUGCCUGGUGUCGUGGGGGGAAUACCGGGGGGAUAUAUCUGUUUGGAGGAGAGUUUUCGUCUCCAAAACAAGGCACUUUCUAUCAUUACAACGACUUCUGGCAUCUUGACCCCUCGACAAGAGAAUGGAGUCGUAUCGAGACCAAGGGUAAAGGCCCACCAGCCAGAAGUGGUCAUCGAAUGACAUAUUACAAGAAUUACAUUCUCCUCUUUGGCGGCUUCCAGGACACCUCUCAGCAGACAAAGUAUCUUCAAGAUUUGUGGGUAUACGACUGCUCACGAUACACCUGGUUUAGUCCAACACUGUCAACAGCAGCUCAGAAGCCCGAUCCCCGGUCAUCAUUCUCUUUUCUUCCCCAUGAAUCAGGUGCAGUUCUCUAUGGCGGAUAUUCCCGCGUCAAAGUCACGGCCGGAAUCGGAGGCAAACCGUUGAAAGGAGGACCCCAGCGGAUGGUCAUGAAGCCCAUGGUGCAUCAGGAUACGUGGUUUCUACGAAUUACGCCUCCCGAGUCGGAUGCUGCCGCCCAUUCCGCUGCUCCAACUGUACGCUGGGAGCGUCGGAAGAAGCCCACAAACUCCCCCAAUCCGCCUCGCGCUGGAGCAACAAUGGCCUAUCACAAAGGGCGAGGAAUCAUGUUCGGUGGUGUGCAUGAUGUCGAAUUAAGUGAAGAAGGCAUUGACAGCGAGUUUUUCGACGCCCUUUAUGCAUGGAAUACCGAUCGAAACCGCUUUUUCCCACUGAGCCUUCGACGUCCCAGAGCGCCAGGCAAGAAACAGUUAGCCAAUCAGGCAUCCAAGACGAGAGACCGGAGCAAGGCUGAUGAAGAGGAACUGCUCCAGAACCUGAAUGCAUUAAAAGCUAAGGGGGCCGCUAGCAGUCUAGAUGACGAUGAAAUGCAACUGAGUACCCCUAAAUCAGAAGAGGUGCCUGCUCAACCGGUGAAACAGUCCGUGGUACGGUUCGAGAUGCCUCAUAGACGAUUCAACGCACACCUAGCCGUACAAGACGAUACACUUUUCAUAUUUGGAGGUACUUUCGAAAAAGGGGAUCGAGAGUUUACUUUCAACGACCUGUAUUCCAUCGACUUGGUCAAACUUGACGGCGUCAAAGAAGUCUUCUAUAAUGAACCGGAGAACUGGCAUCUUCUAAACGAAGCAGAAAGUGAUGACGAGAUAGACGAAGAUGGUGAGGAAGACGAUGAAGAAGACGAAGAGGACGCCAUGUCGUUGGACAAUGCUUCCCCCGCUUCUACCGAAGUUACCUUACCUGCAGUGACGCAAGAAAUGGAACAACUGGAUGUCGAGGAACCGGAGGGAGAACCGUUCGUGCAGGAUAGUAGACCACUUCCUCGGCCUUUUGAGAGUCUGCGAGACUUCUUCAGCCGCACCUCCGAGGAAUGGCAGAAGAUCCUGUUGGAAAUGAUGAAAGAGAAUGGGAUAGCAGUGGAAAAGAACGUCAAAGAGCUACGCAAGGACGCGUUCAAUAUUGCAGAGGAGAGAUGGUGGGAUAGCAGAGAAGAGAUCAUGGCUCUAGAGGACGAACAAGAGGCAUCAGGGAUCGGGGAAGUCAUCAGCAUUGCUGACCGAGGUGAGAACGCGGGUAGUGCUGGAAGACGUCGGUGA